AGUCCCACUUGGGGAGCCGGAGGGCUGAGACAGAAAGGGGAUUUUGGUUCAGCCUUUGCUCUUCCUUCCCUCCCCUGGGAGGCUGCUCGUCUCACUUGCCUCAGGAGCUGCAGGGCUGAGCAGGCCAGCAGCAAUGCAGCCCCCGGGGCGCUUGCGGAGCUUGGUGGUGGAGCUGGAGGACGGGAGAGCGUGGGGAGCCUACGGCAGCGGGGAGCUGCUGCACGGCUGCGUGCGGCUGGAGCUGCGCGGCACACUGCGCCUGCGGGCGCUGGAGGUUUGUGCUCGAGGGCGUGCGGUCGUGCACUGGUUGGAGAGCCGCAGCGUGGGGCUCAACAUCGUCUAUUACGACUACACCGCCUUCCAGACCUUCCUGAACCGCCGCCACCAGCUCAUCCCCGAUAACGGCGAAGUCACCGUCCUGCAGGCAGGAAGGCACGAGUUCCCCUUCACCUUCCAGCUCCCAGAGACCCUGGCGACGUCCUUCGAGGGCAAACACGGCAGUGUGCGCUACUGGGUGAAGGCCAAGCUGCACCGGCCCUGGGCCACGGUGAAAAAGGUGAAGAAGGAGUUCACCGUCAUCGAACCCAUCGACAUCAACACACCUGCACUGCUGGCUCCUCAGGCGGGUGCUAAGGAGAAACUCGCCCGCGCCUGGUACUGCAAUCGUGGCCAGGUCUCAGUGAGUGCCAAGAUCGACCGCAAAGGCUACACCCCUGGUGAGGUCAUCCCUAUCUUUGCUGAGAUUGACAACUGCACCAACCGGGCGGUGGUGCCCAAAGCAGCCAUCAUUCAGACUCAGACCUUCAUCGCUCGGGGCACCAAGAAGCAGAAGAAGUCAGUGGUGACCAGCAUUGUUGGGGACUCCAUCGCUGCGGGGAAGCGCGAGGCGUGGCACGGGCGGGCACUGAAGAUCCCUCCGGUGGGGCCGUCCAUCCUGCAGUGCCGCAUCAUCCAAGUGGAGUAUUCCCUGAAGGUCUGUGUGGAUAUUCCCGGCACAUCCAAGCUGCUCCUGGAGCUGCCGCUCGUCAUCGGGACGAUCCCACUGCAUCCGUUCGGCAGCCGCACGUCCAGUGUCAGCAGUCAGUACAGCGUCACCCUGGACUGGCUGAGCAGCAUCCCUGAGCAGCCCGAGGCCCCCCCCGAGUACUCAGCAGUGGUGCCCAGCCCCACAGCUGAGCAGAGCCUGGCCCCGCCGUGCCGCGGUGAGCUCGGGGCUGUGCUGGAAGGGCCCUUCUUUGCCUACAUCCAGGAGUUCCGCUUCCGACCGCCUCCGCUCUACUCAGAGAUUGACCCGAACCCACCUUCAGACGGCAUCCGCCCGCGCUGCAUGACCUGCUGAGAGGUGCUGACGGCAUCACAACCAUUGGGCUGCAGUCAGCGUGCCCACAGUAUGGUGAUGGGCACGUGGUGGCCGUGAGAGCGCUGAGCCCCCACCACAGGCACUGCCCUGUGGGGCACAGAGGGCCGGAACCGCCCCAGGAUUUGGGGUUCGGAUGGAGCUGGGAUGGUGCUCCUCUAUGUGUGCUCCAACACCUCCUGCUGUGGAGAGUGGGAGCUCGGAGAUGUUGCAGAGAUACCUGAGAAUAUUUGAAUCCUGUGCUGGGUUUGGACCCCCGCGGGCGCAGCUCUACUCCUGCAGUCACUUCUCCAGCACUGCUGUUUCCAAAGAAGAAAACUGUCCGGGUGAGGCAGACUGUGCUGCUGGUGAACACAGCUGUGAGCCGGGUGGUGCUUCAGGGAUGGCUGGAGCUGCCCUGGCAGCCGGGCGGGGGCUGCAGAGCCCCCCAUGGACAACAGUGGGGCAGAGAACAUCGGGACAGUGUUAUUCCCAAAGCAGCAGAGAUCUGCGGUGAUGUUUUGGUGCUGUUCCUGCAUGGUGGCCCAGACGUGGCCCCUCACAGUGCUCUGUUGGCCAAGGAAAUGAGAGGGAAAGCUGCAGUGGGUCCUCCAGGGCUGCCACCAGAGGCUGUGCACCCCCCCGACCCCUGCGCAGAGCCCCGGCCACAGUGCUGGGCAUUGCUCAGAGGAUUUUCUAUUGUUUGUAUCACUGACCACUUUUAUACUGACCACUCCUUGUCUCUGAUGUUACUCUUUUUGUAUGACUUCACUUUGGGCGAUUUCUCUGAAAUAAAUUCCUUUUAGCCAA